AAUCCGCAAAACAUCCGGUGAAAUUCUAGUCAAUGGCGAACCACAAAAUAUGAAACAAUUUCGCAAAGUAUCACGCUAUGUCCUACAAGAUGAUCACAUUAGUCCCUACUUCAGUCUCAUGGAGACAAUGAUGUUUGCCAGCGAACUGAAAUUGGAUACGAAAUUUACAAUGGAACAACGGCAAAAAGUUAUCUAUGAAAUUUUAGAUAUUUUACAUUUGCGAUCACAGGUCAAUACGAUGAUUGCAAAUUUAUCGGGUGGACAGCGGAAACGUUUGUGUAUUGCCUUGGAGCUAAUUGAUAAUCCGUCAGUAUUAUUUUUAGAUGAACCAACGACUGGCCUAGAUGAAUUCUCCGCCUCGCAAUGUAUACGACUUUUGAAGAAGUUGGCCAAAUGUGGCCGAACCAUAAUUUGUUCGCUGCAUUGUCCCUCGGCCACACUGUUUCAGAUGUUCGACAAAGUCUAUGCCAUGUCGGGUGGUCAGUGUAUAUAUCAGGGUGCGGUUAACGAUAUUGUGCCAUAUUUACAGCAGUUCGAUUUAAAUUGUCCCCAGACAUAUAAUCCCACAGAUUUUAUUAUCGAAGUGGCAACAAAAAUCUAUGGUGAUUACAACAAAGAAUUGGUGGCAACAAUUGAAAAUGGCAAAAUUGCCAAAUGGAUACCCACGUCCCCCAAUAAGUUAGACAAUUUUGAAAUGUUGCAUUCCAAAUCAUUGGAAUCCAAACCCUAUUUGGAUAAUUUAAGCGAAGAGGCAAAGAAAAAUACGGCGACUCCUUUCCGCAAUUCAUGGUGGUGUGAAUUUAAAAUUUUAUUUUUCCAUAUUUUAAAUCAAAUGUGGCGUGAUAAGUCAAAUUGUAAAAUGAGAAUUGUUAUACAUAUCCUGUCAUCGCUUCUAAUUGGUUUCACUUAUACGAAGGUCACAAGCAAUGCUAGCGUUAGCAUUUUUACCUAUCAUCUGUCGAUGAUAAUUAUUAUUAAAUACUUUUUCUUGCCGAUGACACCGCUGCUGGCAUGUGUGCCACGUGAUAUGAUGUAUUUGCGGCGAGAAUACUUUAAUCAAUGGUAUCGUUUAAGUUCAUACUUUAUGGCCCUGAUAUGUGCCCAACUGCCUAUGCUGAGUUCGAUGGCAGUGCUUGGUUCAGCAAUAAUCUAUGUCUCAAGUGGUCAACCGAUGGAAUUAUAUCGUUUUAUGUUCUUUGUUGGCAUUUCAUUUUUAAUAUCCUUGAUGGCAUCGAGUUUUGGUUUGCUAUUUGGUUCCAGAUUUAAUGUGGUGCACGCUCUCUAUUUGGCCCCCUAUGUCAUGGUACUGAUGGUUGUAAUAGCAUCCUAUACUGCCGAACGUAAUGAUCUCUCGAUAUGGGAACAACUAAUGGUCUAUAGUAGUUUCCUCAAAUAUGCCUUGGAUGGUUAUCUAUAUGCGCUGUUAGAUUUUAAUCGUAAGGAUUUCCCUUGCCCGCCGUCCGAAUUGUUUUGCAUAACCUCAAAACCUAAAUAUAUUCUUAAAUUAGCCGGUAGUUUAAGACCAAGUUAUAUAUUCUCCGUUCUAGGAAAAUAUUUAAUUUUAGAUUAG